GUUUUGUCUCGCGUUGUCAGGACACAGCUGACCGUCGUCUGCAGCAGCACAAAUACACCAGGCUAAGCUAACACUGUGGGCAGUUAGCAGCAGCAGCCGCAGCAGCAGGAGGAGCAUAGGAACUACUGUCCGUGUGAAGUCAGCAGGACCGCGGACAGACACAGGACCCGGAGCCGCUCUCCCGUUUUUAAACCCGGCCAUGCAAACGAGUAGUGUCGGAGCUAGCUAACGUUAGCACAGUCCCGUCGGACGCGGGGACGCAGAGGAGGCGACAGCAUCACCGGGGGAGCCGUUAGCUGAGUUUCAAUGUUAUUGUUAAUUUCAAGCACAUUUGCUCACAAUGUCCUGCUCUGGCAACCUGGUCUGGGAUGUAAAUAAACGCUUAAUCGGAUUCAACGAGCCGAACACCAUCAGGACCAACUACUUAGGUAGACGGGAAUUUGUGCAGAGGCUGAAACUUGAAGCGACACUGAAUGUACAUGAUGGCUGUGUCAACACAAUAUCCUGGAACGACACGGGAGAAUACAUCCUGUCUGGGUCAGACGACACCUUUCUGGUCAUCACAAACCCGUACAACAAGAAGGUCAAGAAGUCCAUACGUUCAGGUCAUCGGGCGAAUAUCUUCAGCGCCAAGUUCAUGCCACACACCAACGAUCAGGAGAUCGUGUCGUGCUCUGGAGACGGCAUCAUCUACUACACUCACACCGAGAAAAGCGCAGAGUUCAACAGACAGUGUCAGUUCACCUGCCAUUACGGGACAGCUUAUGAGAUUAUGACGGUACCAAACGAUCCGUACACAUUUCUGUCGUGCGGCGAGGACGGCACGGUGCGAUGGUUUGAUCUCCGCACGAAGACGAGCUGCACUAAAGAGGAGUGCAAAGACGACAUCCUGAUAAACUGUCGGCGGGCGGCGACCUCGAUAUCCAUCUCGCCGCUGGUGCCGUAUUAUCUGGCCGUGGGCUGCUCCGACAGCUCGGUGCGAAUCUACGACAGACGUAUGCUGGGAACCAGAGCCACAGGUAACUACAUGGGUCGGGGGACGACGGGCAUGUGCGUUCGCUUCGUUCCCGCCCACCUGUCCAACAAGUCGUGCCGGGUGACGUCUCUCUGCUACAGCGAGGACGGGCAGGAGGUUCUGGUCAGCUACUCCUCCGAUUACAUCUACCUGUUUGAUCCCAAAGACGACCAGGCCCGCGAGCUGAAGGGCCCGUCAGAGGAGAGGAGGGAGGAGCUGAGGCAGCCUCCAGUGAAGCGUCUCCGACUACGCGGCGAUUGGUCCGACACUGGACCCAGAGCUCGCCCCGAGAGCGAGAGGGAGAGAGACGGAGAACAGAGUCCAAACGUGUCUCUGAUGCAGAGGAUGUCGGACAUGUUGUCUCGCUGGUUUGAGGAGGCCAGCGAGGCUCAGAGCAGCAGAGGAACACGACCACAGGCGCGACCCAGAGGAACUGCCAUCCGCCCAGAGGUUGUGUCAAAUCCACCGGCUGCUCCUGCGGGAGCCUCCAGUCAGGAGUCCAGCGCCCCCGAGAGGCCUGUAGGGACAGACACUCCAGAGGAACCUGCGGCUGCCACCUCCACAGCUGCUGCCACAGCUACUGCCACCGCCACCGCUGCCCCCGCGAUGCCCAAGUCUACUUCCUCCUCCUCAGGGUCGUCGUCGUCAACAGUCACAGCACCUCCUCCCUCCACCUCGUCAUCAGUGGAGACUUCUGCUCCGUCCUCCUCGUCCCUCACCUCCUCCCCGGACUCGGAGCAGAGGAGUCGGACGGACGCGAGUAGGACUCACGCGCCUCCAACGUCCGUGUCUGUGUCUGCGUCCACCUCAGAACCUGCACUCUCAGAGUACGGUCCUCACCGGCUUCCCAUAAGUUUAGUGUGUAGGCGUUUGCAGAGGUUACUUCGGCUGGCCGACCCUCCAGGACAGGGUCCGCGAGCAGCCGCUGCUUCUUCUUCUUCUUCCUCCUCCUUCUCUUCAUCCUCCUCAUCCUCUGCAGCCCCUACGAGACAGUCGCAAAGAGACACUGCUGCCGCUGCGGAGACGCCCCCUCGUACAGAUUCACCCUCGUCUGUCGUAAACAAACAGCUGGGAUCCAUGACUCUUGACGAACAGCAGGGAGGAGCAGAAACCGCAGGUUCACUCCCCGCUCCUGCACCAGCUCCUGCACCAGCUCCUGCACCAACUUCCUCCUCCUCCUCCUCCUCCUUCAGCGGCACCAGUCGACCCAGUACCGCAGAGCCGGUCCUCAGCCUCCACUACAGCUCGGAGGGAACCACCACCAGCACCAUCAAGCUGGACUUCACCGAUGAGUGGAGCAGCACGUCGGGCCCGAUGAGCGGCGCAGCUCACAAAUCCUCCGAGGCAGCGGCCGUUCAGAGCAGAGAGAGUCUGCCGACGGAGAGCCAGGGUCCCUCAGAGGCUCAGAAGCAGCCGGGUUUGUCGACCGCGUCGACAGAACCUACAUGCUCCGCCUCCAGCUCGGCGGCUCCAGCAGCAGCGGCGGCGGCAGAGAGCUCCUCCCAGGGGGACGGCGCGUCCUCACUGCCGCAGAGGAGCCAGCCGGAGGGUGCAGAGGACACGUCGGGAGGCUGCAGGAGGACGGAGCCUGCCGUGCCCUCAGUGUGGGAGGGUCAGAGUCAGCCCGCACGAGCCAACCAGGACUCAGACGACAGCGACGACGACCCCAUCCUCAUCCCGUCGGCAAGGCUGCGAGGACAGGGACAGAGAUUUAACACCAGAGGAUCUGCAGUAGGAGAUAGGAUGAUCAGACGCUCGGCAGCCGCUCGUAUCCAGGAGCUGUUUCGCAGGAGGAAAGAGAGGAGGGAGAUGGAGGAGAGCGAGACCCAGAAUAUCAGGAGACCCUCGGUCAAGAUGGUCUACAAGGGCCACCGUAACUCCAGGACGAUGAUAAAGGAGUCGUGUUUCUGGGGCAACAACUUUGUGAUGAGUGGCUCGGACUGCGGCCACAUCUUCAUCUGGGACAGACACACAGCGGAGCACCUCAUGCUGCUGGAGGCCGACAACCACGUGGUCAACUGUCUGCAGCCGCACCCCUACGACCCCAUUCUGGCUUCUUCAGGAAUCGACUACGAUAUCAAGAUUUGGUCGCCGCUGGAGGAGUCGCCGUCUUUCAACAGAGUCCUGGCUAAUGAGGUAAUAACUCGAAAUGAGCUGAUGCUCGAAGAAACAAGAAACACAAUCACGGUCCCGGCCUCCUUCAUGCUGCGAAUGUUGGCCUCGCUCAACCACAUCAGAUCAGAUCGACUGGAGGGCGAUCGCUCUGAAGGCUCAGGGCAGGAGAACGAGGACGAACACUAGCCUGACGGGAUUUUAAUUUUCAAGAAAACACUGUCUCUUUUUUUGGCUGGAAAAGCACUCAGAGGAGGGGACACACACACACACACACACACACACAAACAAACACAGAGAGAGACAGAGUGCAAGACAUUUGUACAAGUGGAGUGUAGAAUAUUUUCUUUUGGAAUAUUAGUAUCAUUUCUAUCCCCCCCUUGUGUUUUUUUUUUAAAAAAAGGAUGUAUUUCUUACUGAUGUUUCUGUACGAGGAUUAAAAAGUACACCUGUGUGAAUGCAAAGGGCAGAGACGUCAGUGUAUACAGUAAAUAUAUAUAUAUUAAUAUGUGUGGUGAGAGUGAGCGAGCGUCAUGGCGGUGUGAGGAGUGUGAGUAUGUCAAGUGCAAUAUUAUUUUGUUGGGAGACAGUGAGCUUUGAUCAGUGUUAACGUGUGACAUGAUGGAUUUCUUUUUUUGUAGCACAAAGUUAAGAAGACGUGUUGACGCAUGUGAACAAGGAGUUUUCAGUAAAAACAAAAACAAACAAAAACA